AUGAACUCUGAAACUGAUGCCGGCGUUCAGAUGUCCUUGGAUGGAUCGUUUGAUUCCAUGCAAGUACUAGAGGGAACAGUAACCUUUGAUCCCGCACAGCCGAUUGAGAGCGAGGAUGUUUUUGUUGUUGAACGAAUAGUUUCGCAUAGGAGAAAGAAAGACGGUCUCCUGCAAUACUUAAUCAAAUGGGAAGGUUUUGGUCCUGAGCAAAACAGUUGGGAAGAUGCAAAUGACGUUUAUGCCACAGAACUGAUUAAAAAUUAUUGGGAAGAUCGUCGGAAGAAACGCGAACCCGAGAAUUCGGAAUCGAGAUCCGCGAACAACAGCGUCGUUACCGGUGAGGACCAAAGCGUCACAAUUUCUUUGAACAAUGACAUUACCUCUUUUAGCGUCGGAGACAUCAAUGAAGCCCUUUUGGAUUCAUCUCAAGACGUGCCUCGAUGGAUUCGCGGUGUUGCCGAGUUGCAGGUGGACGAUCGCCAAAAUCCUCAAACGAUCGACGACGAUCCAACCGGAAAUCAACGGCAAGUUUCUCAAGAUGAUUGGGAAACAAACGCCACGAUUGGAAAUGUUUUUGUCGAUGAUGAUACUGGCGAACUUGUGGUUUGGAUAAAUUGGUUCGAAAGUUUUUGA